AUGGUGAACGGUAAACAAUGGAUUUUAAAGAAUGUCGACAAUACGGGUGGAGCCUUCAACUAUGAUUUUGGCUCUGAAGACUCCACUUUUGAGUUGGUUGAUAUUGAGUAUUCCGAAAACGAUUUGGCCGAUGGGGAGCUAUUGAUUAAGGUAAUGUAUCUUGCAAAUGACCCUGCUCAAAAGUUCUGGAUUGCACCAGUGGACCGUAGUUACUCUGACGGUAUCAAAGUAGGUGAUCGUAUUCCAUCCCAAGGUUUAGCAAAGGUUUUGGCAUCUAAAAGCAAUAAAUUUAAGGAAGGAGACUAUAUUGUUGGGUUUACAGGUUGGGCAACACAUGCAGUAGUAAAGGACAGCAUUGGUUUCACCAAAAUCUCUCCAGAUUCUGUGAAACACCUAUGGUGGUAUAUGAGUGUGUUUGGAUCAACCGCUUUGACUGCGUACUUUGCCUUGACCCAAUAUGCUGGGUUGCAAGAAAGAGAAGCUGACUAUGGAAAGGUGUUUUUGGUUAGUGGUGCAGCUGGUGCUGUUGGAUCGAUGACGAUUCAAUUAGCAUCUAACAUCUUUAAAGCUUCCAAGAUUAUUGCUAUUGCCGGUGGUCCUGAGAAAGUGAAAUUCGUUGAAUCCUUUGGUAAAAACGUGAUUGGUGUUGAUUAUAAGGCAACGGACUUCAAGGAAAAGCUAUUGGAGGCUGCAGGGGGGCAGUAUACUGUUGAUUAUUUUGUAGACAAUGUGGGUGGAGAAGUCCUGGACACUUCCAUCAAACUAUUGAAGCUUCAUGCAACUAUUGUUGCUGUAGGUGCCAUUGCAGGGUACAAUGAUAGAUCCAAGGGAGUUUUCAAGAACUACAUGUCUGUUAUCACCAAAAGGCUAACAAUCCAUGGUUUCAUUGUUAGUGAUUUAAGAGACAAGUUCCCAGAAGCUUUAGCUAAAUUGAGUGGAUACCUCAAAGAGGGCAAGUUGGAUCCAUCCAACAUCUCCACUGUUGAAGAUGCUACUGGUGAUAACUUCAAGAAAGUUCCUUUGAUUUGGAACGGUCUUUUCCAUGGUGCUAACAAGGGUCGGUUACUAACUAAGAUUAGCGAGUGA